GGGGGAUUUUUCAGUCCUUCUCUGUGACUGUGAGUCAUUCAGUCUUGGGAAGAAGCAGACUUUCCCAAAAAGACAAAUUUUUCCGGGACCGUUCGUUCAUUUUCUCUCCCGAGUCACGUGACCCCCAUUGACGCAUUCUUCCAGCAUCCGAACGCUAUUCUCCCCCCUCGAAUCGAGGGGUGUGGUGAAGUCCGGGGCUGUUACUUUCACUUUUUUACUUUGCUCAUAAGCUUUCCGCUUGAGCAAGAGGUUGCACUCUUGUUUUUGUCUUUUACCCAGGCGACUCAGCAACUAACUAGAAAUAAUGUUUUCCUGUUACGUAUUUUGGGCUGCUAUUUCGCUGUCUGGCUUUCUGACUGACUUCCAUGUGUUCGGCUGUGAUGACUACUGCACAGACAAGCCUGUAUUCAAUCCGCCCAGACUGGCGGUCAAGUUUGGCACGUCGGCGUCAGCCAAGUGCUCCGUUUGCCAACACGCUUGCCACAACAAGUUGUUUGGUUUGGAAAAAUCAGUCGGCAAAAUACAACGAGACGGGACCACCAUUUUGUGGACGGUGGACAAAAUGGUUGUGUACCCUUCAUUUGUCAUGUGCUACUACAACAACGGCAACGGAUCCCAAUGCUGUAGCACCCUGCCCAUCACCGUCUACCAGCCUCCCACAGAGGUCGAUCUGGGGUUUGUCGGUCACUCCGGGCCGAUGGUGGAGGGCCAACAGUUCGUGCUGUACUGCAGCGUGAAAAAAGUUGCUCCUCUCAAAAACCUCAUCUUGACCCUCUAUCAAGGGGAAAACGCAGUCGCCCGGCGGCACUUUAAGAACAACACAGAGGAGAAGCCGGCUGACAGACAGUUCAACAACGUCAUCAAUGCUACCAAAGAAAACGAUGGAGCCCAGUAUAUGUGUCACGCCCAGCUGGACAUGAGACCCGAUAGUGUGCUGUACAUUGCUCAGUCUGGUCGUCUCAUCGUCGAUGUUCACUAUAAGCCUCACUUCAACGGACCUGCUGAAGAACAGAUCAGCCUCACAGUGGGAGAUCCCCUUCACCUCAACUGCUCCGCCAAGGGCAACCCAAGACCCUGGGUGACGUGGACCCUCCCGUCGGCCGCCACCUUCGACGGCGAUGUGUUCUCGGUGGACUCGGUCACCACGGAGCAUCGAGGACUGUACAUCUGUUCUAUGAGCAACAAAUUGGGAAUGACCACUGUUGAAUUUAACGUGGAUGUACAGGUCAACUACCUAAAUAUUAUUUUCGCGGUGGUCGCAGCGGCGGUCGCUCUUGGGGUCCUCAUCAUCUCGGCGGUGUGCGUCUAUUACUACAGAGUGAGCCGGACUGGCCAAUACAGCCUGAAGGACGUGUUGCGUUUUCGUACCCCGCACGUGGCCCUCCCAGCUGGGGAGUUGUAAAGGGCGAGGUAUGGAACGAGCACAAAGGCGUUGCCGUUUCUCCAAACGCAUGCAUACUUGUGCAAAGUUGAUGAACAAAGUCCAUUGACGGCACAAAGCUCCCACUGACAAUAUGAGGUCCGUGUUUGAAUUGUUGUUGUUGAAGCGAAUGGGGAUUACGUGAGUGGUAUUGAUUGCUGCUGCUGGUUGGUGCAUUUAUUUGGAUGCAGCUUCCUGGUUACAGAUUUUUAAAAUUUUUUUUUUUUACAUUUCAUUCAUACACUGGUGCCUUGAGAAAAGAAUAACCUGACGUGCCAUCUACAUGAUGUGUAUUUAAGACAGCCACAUUGUGUUGGUAAAGCCCGCUUAGCGUGAUGCUCACAAGCAAUGUAAAAUCCGAUCGACGGCUCCUUAAGUAGCAUCCAUGUUGCUGUGUUUCACCCCUUAAAGAAAGGGGGAUUCGAAACAGCGGAGCAAUACCUGUAGACAGGCAAUAAAACAAUAACGAUCGGCAUAGAUUCUUUAUCCUCUGACGGUUAAUGUUACAGCUCGCUGAGGAGUUGUAACUUCAACGGCUUGCAUAUGUCUGUAUUACACUCCCCCCAAGUGGCCACGUUAGUGCUGUACAUUCAGUUUAAUUAUGUUAAUAUGACAAAUAUAUAAUGUACAAGAUUAUCGUGCCAUUUUCCCAAUUAAAAAAAAAGCAUUGAAGGUUGAUGUCGAUUUUUGGCACUUCCAUUAAUUUCAAUGGGAAAAGAUGAUUUGAGAGACGAGUGUUUUGAGUUAUGAAUGUUGUCUCUGAUUGAAAUUAUGAAAAAAAAUCUACAUUAAUUGCACUUUUUUCUUGACAAGGAAAAGCAGUUUCCUUUUGUAUGUGCGUGGUAAAAAGCACAAUAUAAACAUUUCAAAUCAUGUUUCAUUAUUUUCGUCACUAUGAGAAAUAACUAUGAGAUCUCGCGUUUUCAUGUCUAACACUAAUCAAAAUGUUUUUAAUCUGAAAAGGAAAAAAAAUUAUCACAUGCACUGUCGAUUAAAGCUGCAAGUGGUCACACACGUUGGUUAAGUUUGGAUUAAGUGGAUCACAAUUUACUGUCGCCCAUCUGUCUAGUAGCCGUCAUUCAAAUUUGGUACAAGUCAGAUAAAAUCUUUACGAGUGGUUCGUUAGCCAAAAUGAACCGAAAAUGACCGCUUCAAAUCAGAUUGCACACUUCCUGUUUCUUUUCGGGCAGGAGUUCGGGAGACUUUUUUUUUUUUUUUUUUGGGGGGGGGGUCUCCUCAUAGACAAGACUACUAAAUUACAGUGAGAGUUGACUUUGGGGCUGAAUUGAAAAUGAAAGUGAGAUUUUAAAAAAAAGAUGGAUUUUUUUUUUUGAAGUGGGGGGGCUAAGAAUAUGGAAAAAACAAACCAAAAAAACCAAAAGAAAUCAAUUAUGAGAGGGUCACAUGCUCAGGACCUAAAAAGCGAAAAGUUAAAGUUUCUUCUUCUUCUUUUUAAAGUGGAGAGGAAACGUCAUUCGUUAUGGUCAAACAUUUCUGGUGAAAUGA